CGAGGAGAAGCAGCAGGAGAAGAAACAGUGCACAGGCCGUGAGUGGCAGACUCGUUCACAAAUGACGGAAACUGAGAAAGCUGGUCUGGAUACCAAGGUCAAAGCCAUGACCUUCCAGUCUCAAAAAGAGAUGUUUGAGAAGAUGGAGGAAUCUUAUCAAAUCUGUGCCUCUUGCGAUAAGGGUCAAAAUCAACUUUCAAACUGCCAGAGCCUGAAGCGUUGUACCAGAUGUCUGAAUGUUUACUACUGCUGUAAAGACUGUCAGAAGGAGGACUGGCCCAAACACAAGAAGUUCUGCUCACAGCUGCGUCUGGCUGCCAUUGACAGAGUCGUGGAAUGGCUUUUAUUCAAAGGAUGCCUUCCAUUCCCUACAGAGAAGUGGUCAAAGCCCCAGUCAGAGGUUAAAGGCUGGGAUGACUGGCUUGCGAUGCAGGGAGAUCUAACAGCUCGCCUCGAUCCCAUUUUGAAAGGAGCAAACAUGAAAGACUUGUGGACCGACGCUGGGAGGCCUCAGCCUGACGACCAGGACCUGAAGCAGUCACUGUGGAGGGUUUGCAGCGAGUUCUUCUCCAGGCCGCUGACCAUAGCCUGGGCCAUGAGGCUGUUCGGCCUUAACCCUUAUUCCAAACCUCUCACCAUUCACCUGGUGGGGGCGGGCCACAGUGAGACUCUGGCAGCCAGACUGACGGACUACGAUGAGCUGAACAACAUGUUCCCUGGACACCAGGGUAUCACCAUAGUCAUGGUGGGACCAGAGGUGGUGAGCGGCCCCAUCGUGAGGCCUCCUCUCAGUGGGGCUGGACCCAGGCAGAGAGUCUACAUCAGCGCCUACAAGGGCCUCUACCACCAGUUCUGGGAAGACGUGGUGGAUAAAGAGGAAGCAGCCAAGCCGGACCUGGUGGUUGGAUUUCAUCCAGGAUUUGAUGCCAGUCAGGGCCUGGAUCAGGGCUGGCUUCCCACACUACUGCUCCUCAGGGAUUACGAGAUUCCUUCCCUUUUCACUGCUCUCAAUGAGACAGAGAUGACCUACUCCCUGCAGAUCCUGUUGGAGUUGGAGAUGGACAUGAAGGGAAGCGGAGCCAACCCCUUCGCCUCGUUGAAACCAGAAGUGGUGGGCUCGACUCCCAACAAGCCUCCAGUCUACUGCAACUCCCACUACUUCUGUUUUCAGGGUGUGCUGGAGACUGUGGAGUUUGAGGAACCAGAGGAGGCCUGA